AUGGCGCGUUCGCAAGUUCGAACAUGGCUGUUGGGCAGUGCAGUCAUCUCCCUGUUGUCUGCCACGCAUGCAUUUUACCUACCCGGAGCUGCGCCCCAUGACUACACCGAAGGCGAGGCCGUUGACCUCUACGUCAACGCCUUGACUCCGAUGCUCGGUGGCUCUGACAACGCGAAACUCAAAUCGCUGAUUAACUAUGACCAUUAUGAUUCCAGGUUUCAUUUCUGCGAACCGGAGGGUGGCCCGCACAAGGAACCUGAGUCAUUGGGGUCAAUCUUGUUCGGUGAUCGAAUAUUCAAUUCACCCUAUGAUAUCAGAAUGCUUGAAGACAACGGCACGUGCAAAGUCUUGUGCCAAACGGAAGUCCCUGCGGAAGACGCCAAGUUCAUCAAUGACCGUAUCCGAGAAGACUAUGCGUUAAAUUGGCUUGUCGACGGUCUUCCUGCAGCGGAGAUGAAAAUGGACACAAAAACUGGCGACCUGUUCUUCGAUAUGGGUUUCAAUCUUGGCAAUGAUGAAGACGAAUUGGCCGAGACGCCGGCUUUGAACAAUCACUACGAGAUUGUGCUGAGAUACCACACAUAUAGUCCAGGAGUGCACCGAAUUGUCGGUGUGCUCGUCUGGCCUACCAGUCAUGGUGGUUCCCAGGAUGUUACAGCGGGUUGCUCCCCGUCGGAUGGUCCCCUCAUCUUGCAGGAAGACAGGACAAAUAUUGUACGGUAUACGUACCGUGUGAUGUGGAAUGAAUCGGACACGCCGUGGGCGACUCGAUGGGACAACUACCUUCAUAUCUUUGACCCUCGCAUACACUGGUUCAGCCUCAUCAACUCGCUUGUUAUAGUCGUAUUCCUAUGUCUCAUGGUGGCCAUGAUCCUCUAUCGAACAGUGUCGCGAGACAUUUCUCGCUACAAUGCCAUUGAUUUGAGCGAAGAUGUCCAAGAAGACUGGGGCUGGAAGCUGGUACACGGCGAAGUGUUCAGGACGCCGCGUAAUCCCCUGAUCCUAUCGGUAUUAGUCGGCAAUGGUGCUCAGCUCUGUGCGAUGGCUGGAGUGACACUUGUCUUUGCGUUGAUGGGCUUUCUGUCACCUUCUAAUCGGGGCUCCUUGGCGACGGUUAUGAUGGUUUGUUGGAGCUUGUUCGGCGGUAUCGGUGGCUAUGUAUCAAGCAGGGUCUAUGCGACGCUGGGAGGAAUGGACAAGCGAAAAAACUCAUUCGUUACUGCAACGGUAUUACCUGCAUUUGUAUUCGCAAUUGUGUUCUUGCUCGACCUAUUUCUGGUCGCAGCUGGUUCCUCAGGCGCUGUGCCAUUCGGCACGAUGCUACUAAUCGUUGUUCUCUGGUUCGGAAUAUCAGCACCGUUGUCACUGAUCGGAUCUUACAUCGGAUCGAAACGCGGAGGCGUGCCUAACCCUGUGAGGGUUAACCCGAUCCCAAGGCAGAUUCCUCCAGUACCACGAUAUCUGCAGCCUUGGGCUUCAACACUGCUGGCAGGCAUCUUACCCUUUGGAGCCGCGUUCGUCGAGCUCUACUUCGUGCUGUCGAGUCUGUUCGCAUCCAGGGCUUACUACGCCUUCGGCUUCCUGGCCUUAACGGCUGGUGUCGUAUCGCUCACAACCGCCACGGUUACGAUUCUAUUCACAUACUUCCUCCUCUGCGCCGAGGAAUACAGGUGGCACUGGAGGGCCUUCCUCACCGGAGGCGGGAGCGCUUUCUGGCUACUGGCCUAUGGCAUCUUCUAUUGGGUCUCACGCUUGUCGCUGGAUUCGUUCUCAAGCGUUGUGCUGUACAUGGGAUACCUCCUUCUCCUUGCGCUGCUGGAUUUCCUUGUUACAGGAACCAUUGGUUUCCUUGCGACAUAUUGGGCUGUGAGAAAAUUGUACAGCGCAAUACGCGUCGACUGA